GGGGGAGGAGGGAGGCUACGAGAGGAGCCACAUGGUCUCAGUCCCACAGGGAGCUACUCUUCUGGGGACAGUAGGUUGACAAGGUAGGUACUUCCAUAUUCUACUUUCUGUUACAGACUUCCACUCUCAUGUAGUUGGAAAGCUUAAAGUGAAGGUGGGGACUUGGCCCCGUAACACAGAAACACAACAUAUAUCUUGGUAAGAGUCCUCCCAUAUACACAGUAUGAAAAUCACUUUGAAAUAUAUUGUGAAUCAUUCUGAAAUAUAUUGUGAAUCAUUCUGAAAUAUAUUGUGAAUCAUUCUGAAAUAUAUUGUGAAUCAUUCUGAAAUAUAUUGUGAAUCAUUCUGAAAUAUAUAUUUUAUUUAUUUAAGUGUUGAGAGAUUCUCAUUAUUUGAGAGGGGAAUUGUUACUCCAAAUUAUUAACUUCUAAGAUCUAAAUUAAUACAGUGUCCUAAAGAUUAAUACAGUGUCCUAAAGAUUUAUACAGUGUCCUAAAGAUUAAUACAGUGUCCUAAAGAUUAAUACAGUGUCCUAAAGAUUAAUACAGUGUCCUAAAGAUUAAUACAGUGUCCUAAAGAUUAAUAAAGUGUCCUAAAGAUUAAUACAGUGUCCUAAAGAUUAAUACAGUGUCCUAAAGAUUAAUACAGUGUCCUAAAGAUUAAUACAGUGUCCUAAAGAUUAAUAAAGUGUCCUAAAGAUUAAUACAGUGUCCUAAAGAUUAAUACAGUGUCCUAAAGAUUAAUACAGUGUCCUAAAGAUUAAUACAGUGUCCUAAAGAUUAAUACAGUGUCCUAAAGAUUAAUACAGUGUCCUAAAGAUUAAUACAGUGUCCUAAAGAUUAAUACAGUGUCCUAAAGAUUAAUACAGUGUCCUAAAGAUUAAUACAGUGUCCUAAAGAUUUGAGAACUCCAAAUGAACCCCAGUAUUGUAAAGUAAUAUGCAGGUCAUUAAUAUUGUUGUAUUCCAGAAGUGGAUAUGGUCAUUCAUGUUAUUGUUGUAUUCCAGAAGUGGAUAUGGUCAUUCAUGUUAUUGUUGUAUUCCAGAAGUGGAUAUGGUCAUUCAUGUUAUUGUUGUAUUCCAGAAGUGGAUAUGGUCAUUAACCGGUGCUCUUUCCCACACCGUACAGUAGCAGCCCAAUCUCACCAACUGACUCCACUGCUAGACCUAUUGAUUACAGUCCAAACUGAGUAAUGGAUAUUAUCUACUAGCUGUCUAAUGACUGUUAGACAGGUUUUAGUCUCUCAGUUGGUAGAGCAUGGCGCUUUGCAACGCCAGGGUUGUGGGUUCGAUUCCCACGGGGGGCCAGUAUGAAAAAUGUAUGCACUCACUAACUGUAAGUCUCUCUGGAUAAGAGCGUCUGCUAAAUUACUAAAAUGUAAACGUAACUAAACACUGUCUAAUUCCUACAGUCUGUAAUGACUGUUAGACAGGCUUUAGUCUCUAGAUAAACACACAUGCCUCUCUCUGUCUGCAACCUGCUGUCCCCCUGUCUACACUCCCCAAAUAUACCCCAUCCUUAAAUCUAAUAUAAACCUGUCUGUGUCGUUACCUGCCCUGUAGUGAGAGGUGUGAAGACACACACACACACACACACACACACACACACACACACACACACUGCGGCUUGUGAUACUCAUCUGAUCUUAGCCCUCCUGUUGUGAGUCUAUAGAAAGCCAGUUGACUCCUGCACUCUUUUCACACAAGGCAGCCAUCAUAUUUAUGUAACAGUUUUUUUUUAUAUGGACAGACACAAUAAAACAACGGUUACAUAGAGCUGUCAGAUAGAGCUAAAAGCCACAAAUAAAGGGAACACUUCACUAAAGGAGGGACAAAGUAAAAAGAUCCUCAGUUAAUUAAGCAAUUAACAUCCCAUCAUGCUCCAGACACAUUAACUAGUCUCUCUCCUCCAGACACAUUAACUAGUCUCUCUCCUCCAGACACAUUAACUAGUCUCUCUCCUCCAGACACAUUAACUAGUCUCUCUCCUCCAGACACAUUAACUAGUCUCUCUCCUCCAGACACAUUAACUAGUCUCUCUCCUCCAGACACAUUAACUAGUCUCUCUCCUCCAGACACAUUAACUAGUCUCUCUCCUCCAGACACAUUAACUAGUCUCUCUCUCUCCUUCAAAAACAUUAACUAGUCUCUCUCCUCCAGACACAUUAACUAGUCUCUCUCUCCUCCAGACACAUUAACUAGUCUCUCUCCUCCAGACACAUUAACUAGUCUCUCUCCUCCAGACACAUUAACUAGUCUCUCUCUCUCCUUCAAACACAUUAACUAGUCUCUCUCCUCCAGACACAUUAACUAGUCCCUCUCUCUCCUUCAAAAACAUUAACUAGUCUCUCUCCUCCAGACACAUUAACUAGUCUCUCUCUCCUCCAGACACAUUAACUAGUCUCUCUCUCUCCUUCAAACACAUUAACUAGUCUCUCUCCUCCAGACACAUUAACUAGUCUCUCUCCUCCAGACACAUGAACUAGUCUAUCUCUCCUCCAGACACAUUAACUAGUCUCUCUCUCUCCUUCAAACACAUUAACUAGUCUCUCUCCUCCAGACACAUUAACUAGUCUCUCUCUCUCCUUCAAACACAUUAACUAGUCUCUCUCUCCUCCAGACACAUUAACUAGUCUCUCUCCUCCAGACACAUUAACUAGUCUCUCUCUCCUCCAGACACAUUAACUAGUCUCUCUCCUCCAGACACAUUAACUAGUCUCUCUCUCCUCCAGACACAUUAAAUAGUCUCUCUCUCUCCUUCAAACACAUCUCUCUCCUCCAGACACAUUAACUAGUCUCUCUCCUCCAGACACAUUAACUAGUCUCUCUCUCUCCUUCAAACACAUUAACUAGUCUCUCUCCUCCAGACACAUUAACUAGUCUCUCUCUCCUCCAGACACAUUAACUAGUCUCUCUCUCUCCUUCAAACACAUUAACUAGUCUCUCUCCUCCAGACACAUUAACUAGUCUCUCUCCUCCAGACACAUUAAGUAGUCUCUCUCUCUCCUUCAAACACAUUAACUAGUCUCUCUCCUCCAGACACAUUAACUAGUCUCUCUCUCCUCCAGACACAUUAACUAGUCUCUCUCUCUCCUUCAAACACAUUAACUAGUCUCUCUCCUCCAGACACAUUAACUAGUCUCUCUCUCCUUCAAACACAUUAACUAGUCUCUCUCCUCCAGACACAUUAACUAGUCUCUCCUCCAGACACAUUAACUAGUCUCUCUCCUCCAGACACAUUAACUAGUCUCUCUCUCUCCUUCAAACACAUUAACUAGUCUCUCUCCUCCAGACACAUUAACUAGUCUCUCUCUCCUGCAGACACAUUAACUAGUCUCUCUCCUCCAGACACAUUAACUAGUCUCUCUCCUCCAGACACAUUAACUAGUCUCUCUCUCUACUUCAGACACAUUAACUAGUCUCUCUCCUCCAGACACAUUAACUAGUUUCUCUCUAGUCCAGACACAUUAACUAGUCUCUCUCUCCUCCAGACACAUUAACUAGUCUCUCUCCUCCAGACAUAUUAACUAGUAUCUCUCUCUUCCAGACACAUUAACUAGUCUUUCUCCUCCAGACACAUUAACUAGUCUCUCUCUCCUCCAGACACAUUAACUAGUCUCUCUCUCCUCCAGACACAUGAACUAGUCUCUCUCUCCUCCACACACAUUAACUAGUCUCUCUCCUCCAGACACAUUAACUAGUCUAUCUCUCCUCCAGACACAUUAACUAGUCUCUCUCUCCUCCAGACACAUUAACUAGUCCCUCUCUCCUCCAGACACAUAAACUAGUCUCUCCCCUCCAGACACAUUAACUAGUCUCUCUCCUCCAGACACAUUAACUACUCUCUCUCUCCUCCAGACACAUUAACUAGUCUCUCUCUCCUCCAGACACAUUAACUAGUCUAUCUCUCCUCCAGACACAUUAACUAGUCUCUCUCUCCUCCAGACACAUUAACUAGUCCCUCUCUCCUCCAGACACAUAAACUAGUCUCUCCCCUCCAGACACAUUAACUAGUCUAUCUCUCCUCCAGACACAUUAACUAGUCUCUCUCUCCUCCAGACACAUUAACUAGUCCCUCUCUCCUCCAGACACAUAAACUAGUCUCUCCCCUCCAGACACAUUAACUAGUCUCUCUCUUCCAGACACAUUAACUAGUCUCUCUCUCCUCCAGACACAUUAACUAGUCUCUCUCCUCCAGACACAUUAACUAGUCUAGUCUCUCUCUCCUCCAGACACAUUAUCUAGUCUCUCUCCUCCAGACACAUUAACUAGUCUAGUCUCUCUCUCCUCCAGACACAUUAACUAGUCUCUCUCCCCUCCAGACACAUUAACUAGUCUCUCCCCUCCAGACACAUUAACUAGUCUCUCUCCCCUCCAGACACAUUAACUAGUCUCCCUCCUCCUGACACAGUAACUAGUCUCUCUCCUCCAGACACAUUAACUAGUCUCUCUCUCCUCCAGACAUAUUAACUAGUCCAUCUCUUCCAGACACAUUAACUAGUCUCUCUCCUCCAGACACAUUAACUAGUCUCUCUCCUCCACACACAUUAUCUAGUCUCUCUCCUCCAGACACAUUAACUAGUCUCUCUCUCUCCUCCAGACACAUUAACUAGUCUCUCUCUCCUCCAGACACAUUAACUAGUCUCUCUCUCUCCUCCAGACACAUUAACUAGUCUCUCUCUCCUCCAGACACAUUAACUAGUCUCUCUCUCCUCCAGACACAUUAACUAGUCUAGUCUCUCUCUCCUCCAGACACAUUAACUAGUCUCUCUCUCCUCCAGACACAUUAACUAGUCUCUCUCUCCUCCAGACACAUUAACUAGUCUCUCUCUCCUCCAGACACAUUAACUAGUCUCUCUCCUCCAGACACAUUAACUAGUCUCUCUCUCCUCCAGACACAUUAACUAGUCUCUCUCUCCUCCAGACACAUUAACUAGUCUCGCUCUCCUCCAGACACAUUAACUAGUCUCUCUCCUCCACACACAUUAACUAGUCUCUCUCCUAAAGACACAUUAACUAGUCUCUCUCUCCUCCAUACACAUUAACUAGUCUCUCUCCUCCAGACACAUUAACUAGUCUCUCUCUCCUACAGACACAUUAACUAGUCUCGCUCUCCUCCAGACACAUUAACUAGUCUCUCUCUCCUCCAGACACAUUAACUAGUCUCUCUCUCCUCCAGACACAUUAACUAGUCUCUCUCUCCUCCAGACACAUUAACUAGUCUCUCUCCUCCAGACACAUUAACUAGUCUCUCUCUCCUCCAGACACAUUAACUAGUCUCUCUCCUCCAGACACAUUAACUAGUCUCUCUCUCCUCCAGACACAUUAACUAGUCUCGCUCUCCUCCAGACACAUCAACUAGUCUCUCUCCUCCACACACAUUAACUAGUCUCUCUCCUAAAGACACAUUAACUAGUCUCUCUCUCCUCCAGACACAUUAACUAGUCUCUCUCCUCCACACACAUUAACUAGUCUCUCUCUCCUCCAGACACAUUAACUAGUCUCUCUCUCCUCCAGACACAUGAACUAGUAUCUCUCCUCCAGACACAUUAACUAGUCCCUCUCUUCCAGACACAUUAACUAGUCUCUCUCUCCUCCAGACACAUUAACUAGUCUCGCUCUCCUCCAGACACAUUAACUAGUCUCUCUCCUCCAUACACAUUAACUAGUCUCUCUCCUCCAGACACAUUAACUAGUCUCUCUCCUCCAGACACAUUAACUAGUCUCUCUCUCCUCCAGACACAUUAACUAGUCUCUCUCUCCUCCAGACACAUUAACUAGUAUCUCUCCUCCAGACACAUUAACUAGUCUCUCUCUCCUCCAGACACAUUAACUAGUCUCUCUCUCCUCCAGACACAUUAACUAGUCUCUCUCCCCUCCAGACACAUUAACUAGUCUCUCCCCUCCAGACACAUUAACUAGUCUCUCUCCCCUCCAGACACAUUAACUAGUCUCUCUCCUCCAGACACAUUAACUAGUCUCUCUCUCCUCCAGACACAUUAACUAGUCUCUCUCUCCUCCAGACACAUUAACUAGUCUAGUAUCUCUCCUGGAACCGGCUGUCAGUGUUUUAACUAGUCUCUCUCUCCUCCAGACACAUUAACUAGUCUAGUAUCUCUCCUGGAACCGCCUGUCAGUGUAGUAACUAGUCCCCCCUGCUCUCCCUCCCCACAGCCACAGUAAUCUGCUACUACCAUGGGUGACUGGAACCUGUUGGGGAAGUUGUUGGAGAAAGCCCAGGAACACAGCACCGUAGUGGGGAAGGUCUGGCUCACUGUCCUCUUCAUCUUCCGGAUCCUUGUCCUGAGCGCCGCAGCAGAGAAGGUGAAGAAAUUCAAUUCAUUUGACACUUUUUAAAAUACAUUUACAGUUGCCUCAGCCAUUGGAGUCCAACAAUACACACACUAAAAUGUAUUUGAAUGUAAAGAAUGCAACUUGUUAUUUCCAUUGUGGUCCUGAUAGGUGUGGGGGGACGAGCAGUCAGGGUUCACCUGCGACACCAAGCAGCCUGGAUGUGAGAACGUCUGUUAUGACUACACCUUCCCCAUCUCUCACGUCCGCUUCUGGGUCCUCCAGAUCAUCUUUGUCUCCACUCCCACCCUCAUUUACCUGGGUCAUAUAUUACACCUGGUGAGGAUGGAGGAGAAACAGAAGCAGAGAGAGAAGGACGCAGAGCGGGCCGGGGACAAACCCCCCCUGUCGGAGAGCAACGCCUGUAAGGCCCCGGUGAGGGACGACAGGGGUAGGGUUCGACUGAAGGGGGAACUACUGAGGACCUACGUGUUCAACAUCAUCUUCAAGACGCUGUUCGAGGUGGGCUUCCUCGUCAUGCAGUACCUACUCUAUGGCUUCCACCUGCAGCCCAUGUACACCUGCGACCGCUCGCCCUGCCCCAACACAGUCAACUGCUACAUCUCCCGACCCACAGAGAAAACUAUCUUCAUCAUCUUCAUGCUAGGAGUGGCCAGUCUGUCUCUGUUCCUCAACCUGAUAGAGAUGUACCACCUGGGGUCCACUAAGUGUCGCCAGGGUAUCAAGUACCACCGGGAGGAUCUGAGCUCAGACUCCAAGGAGCCCAGCGAGGCGGAGGAGGCCUUGCCCUACACUCCCAGCUACGACCCCUACCACGGGGCCCAGCCAGCCUACCAGGUCCAGCCAGCAUACCCUCCUGUCCCCAGCUAUAACAUGUCCCCUCUAUCCGAGGAGACGGACUCCACCUACCAGCCCUACCACAACAAGCAGAACAGGGACAACCUGUCGGUGGAGAGGAGCGUCGGCAGCCAGCCGGACCACCUGAAAGGGAAGAAAGGAGGAGGAACGUGCGGGGGGUCGGAGCCAGGUUCACCAUCUCUACCCCGGGCUGGACACCACGCUGCUAAACACGGCAACAAGACCAGAAUAGACGAUCUGAAGAUCUGAGAGGGGCUUAGGUUGCUGAGACCAUGUCUUAGGUUGCUGCCCAGGGUCUUAUGUCGCUUGAAAGGCAUUCUUAGGGUUGAGACCCAAAUGGCACCCUAUUCCCU